UCUCCUCACAGCCUUGUUCCUUCGAGAGUAAAGGUUGGGUCUUUGAUAGGUGGCUUGUGACCUCGGAGUGGACCCUCAGGGGUCUUGGGCUAUCACAGAAUCUCCAAAAAGCCAUGCAGAAUCUUGAGCCAUGAAGGACUUUUCUGAUGUCAUCCUCUAUCCAGAGACAACUGAGCUGAGCAAGACAGAGUUCUGCAAUCCUGUUUUCGACCCUGAAGCAGGGCCUUCUUGCCCUCCACCAGCCUUACAGAAAGAUGCCAGCAGCAGCCUCAAAGCUCCCUGGCGUGCCCAGCCUCUCCGAGGGCUACAACCAGACUGCCACUUCUCCUGCCUCUGUAUCCUGCUGCUCAGUGGCCUGCUGCUCCUGCUGCUGGGGCUGCUGGUGACUGUCAUCCUGACCCAGUUGGAGACUACAUCCCUCCCUAGGACAACUGAGAGCCCACUGCCCACCCAAGGCCUCGCCCCCAAGGGUAGCAUUCCUAGUACCAGUCCUAACACCGGCACCACCACCAUCUCUCCAGCAACCGCGGGGCAUCAGGAAGCAGCCGUGAGCCCUACACACCAGACCACCUGCGGAGGCCUCCUUCCUGGUCCACAGGGUUUCUUCAGCAGCCCCAACUACCCAGACCUUUACCCACCCCAAAGUCACUGUGUCUGGCAUAUCCAGGUAGCCACAGGCCAGACAAUACAGCUCAAGAUUCAAGCACUCAGCAUAGAAGGUGUGCUUGCCUGUCUUUUUGAUCGCUUGGAAAUUACCCCAGAGCCUUCAGGCCCUCUCUUCAGGGUAUGUGGUAAAACGCCUCCAGCCACACUAAACACCAAUACCAGCCACCUCCGUGUGUCCUUCGUUUCUGAUGCUGAUGUGGAAGGGUCUGGUUUCCAGGCCUGGUACCAAGCUGUGGCCCCGGGACAUUGGAGCUGUGCCCACAAUGAGUUCCGCUGUGACCUGCUCCUCUGUCUGACGCACGACUUAGUAUGUGAUGGUGUUACCAACUGUGCCGACGGUAGUGACGAGGCCAACUGCAGUGCCAAGACCUCGGGGUGUGGAGGAAAUCUGACUGGGCUCCACGGGGUGUUCUCUACCCCCAACUACCCACAGCACUACCCUCAACAACAGCUCUGCACCUGGUACAUCUCAGUGCCCGUGGGAUACGGCAUAGGACUACAGUUCCACAACUUCAGCCUGGAAGAGCAAGCUGAGUGCAAGUUUGACUACGUGGAAGUGUACGAGGCUAGCAGUUCCAGGGCCUUCAGCUUCCUGGGCAGGUUCUGUGGCACAGAGCUGCCACCCCACCUCGUCUCCUCGAGGCACCAGCUGGCUGUAAUCUUUAAGACCGAUCUUGGUAUCAGCAGCGGAGGCUUCUUAGCCACCUACCAGGCCAUCAAUACUACAGAGAGUAGGUGCCCCUGGGCAUGGGGGUGUGGGCAACAGAGGCUCCUCCAUGGAACAUCAAAGGGUACCGUGGAGGGCCGUGGGUACAGGCAUGUCCUAGGGCACUGUCAUGCCUCUGUGCCCGCAGACCCUUGUGGGCCCAGAGAGUUCUGCCAGGACGGAGGGUGUGGGGAACUGCAAUGGAUGUGUGACCUGAGGAGAGACUGUGAAGACAACAGCAAUGACAAUUGCAGCAGCCGUCUGUUCCCACAACCAGACCUGACCUGUGAACCUGUCCAAGUGGAGAUGUGUCUCGGACUAAGCUACAACACCACAGCUUUCCCCAACAUCUGGGUGGGCCUGGCCACCCAGGCGGAGGUGGCAGACAUCCUCAGAGACUACAAGAGUCUGACAACUCUACCCUGCUAUCAGAACUUCCGGAGGUUCCUUUGCAGACUGCUUGUACCUCACUGCACCCCACUAGGCACUAUCCUACCCCCUUGCCGCUCUGUCUGCCAGGAGGCAGAACAACAGUGCCAGUCUAGCCUGGCACUACUGGGCACCCCCUGGCCCUUCAACUGCAACCGGCUGCCUGAGGCCGCUAGCCUGGAAGCUUGCUCCCAGCCCUGACCUGAAGCCAGCCCCUACCCUCUGUCUGCCCAUCCUCCUCUACUUAUGUGGGUGGACAGGGCAGGCAGAAAACAAAGGGAAGAGUGACCUGGGCAUGGGACUCCUCCCAUCUUCUCUUGGUGCUUCCCAGAGAGUGGGACCUGAUCCUGCCCAGGGCAAAUGGGGCCACCCAAUCUUCCCUGUACCAUCCCUGCGCUCUUGUUUGCCAAGACAGCCUUACAGCCUAGAGAACCUAGAGAUUUCUUAUCCAAGUCUCUGACCCUGGUUCCCUAUCUUCUACCUUCCCCCUUCCCGUCUGAGUGUUUAAAAUCACCAUCACCAGACUUCAGCUUUCCCAUCUGUCAACAAAGCUAUAUUGAGAGUCUACUGGUGUGGUGGGACCCUAUUCUCCGCCUGGGGGGGGGUCCCCUGAGCUCUCCUGAUCUAGGUCUCCACCCGCCUCCACCCCACCCACACACACUAGUCUUGACCUUGGUCCCCUGUCACUGUUCCAUCCCUCCCUCCCUCCCUCCC